AUGUACCGGCAUGGUCGCUUAGCCAUUGGAAUUCGGACUUUCCCUAGAGGUCUCGAAGCGUCGCACACUUUCUCCAGCAUUCUCCUGCGGUCUGUUGUCGCUGCCCAUCGACAUGUAUACACAUACACCCCAAGAUUCUCCCAGAUUCAGAACUCCCAGCGUGACCGAAGAAAGCAUGGCAUCGAUGUCAUAGCAGGCUCCUCAAAAGAUGACACUAUCUACGCCCUCUCUUCAGCGCAAGGCAGGGCUGGCAUAGCCGUCAUUCGAAUCUCAGGACCCCAGUGCUUGAACAUUUACCAGAAGCUAUGCCCACACAAGCAGCCCCCAAAGCCUCGAUAUGCUGCCGUCAGGACACUGCAUGACCCAGACAACCUAGAUGCAUCACACGUCCUCGAUUCUGGAGCUCUGGUCUUGUACUUCCCGGGCCCCAUGACGGUGACUGGCGAGGACGUCCUCGAGCUGCACACGCACGGCGGCCCCGCAACCGUGAAAGCCGUUCUAGGCGCAAUCCCCCGAUGUACUCCCGGCCAAACACUUGCCAACGGCAUUCGUUAUGCCGAGCCCGGCGAGUUCACCAAGCGCGCCUUCCUCAAUGACCGCCUGGACCUGUCGCAGGUCGAAUCGCUCAGCGAUGUCCUUGACGCCGAGACGGAGCAGCAGCGCCGUGCUGCAGUACGCGGGAACUCUGGCGCUCGCGGGCAGACCUACGACUCGUGGCGCGGGGAGCUCCUGCUGGCCAGAGGCGAAAUUGAGGCGCUCAUCGACUUCUCCGAGGACCAGCACUUUGACGAGUCUCCUCGUGAACUGCUGCGAAACGUGACUGGUAUGGUGCAAAGGAUUCUGCGGUCCAUCGAUGUCCACGAGAUGGCUGGUCAGAGGACGGAGCUGCUCCGAAAGGGCAUCCGGAUUGCGCUUCUGGGCCCGCCCAACGUGGGCAAGAGCUCGUUGAUGAACUUGAUCGUUGGCAGGGAGGCUUCGAUCGUGUCCCGUGAGGCAGGCACCACGCGAGAUAUCGUGGAAGCCAGCCUUGACAUCGGCGGAUAUCUCUGCACCUUUGCAGAUACGGCUGGGAUCAGAACCUCUGCACUAGCCAACGAUGGUGCCAUCGGGCCUAUCGAAGAGGAAGGCAUCCGGAGGGCGCGCCUCAAGGCUCUAGGUUCCGAUGUCAUCAUUGUCCUUGCCUCAGUUGAGAGGCUUUCAGAUGGUACAUACUUCAUCAAUUAUGAUGCGGAGACACUGCAAAUGGCUGUCAAGGCCGAGCAACACAUAAUUGUGGUUAACAAAUGCGACUCAGUUGACGAGUUGACGUUGCAGGACCUGUUGCAGGACUUCGACUCAUCUAUCCGCACACACGUGGAGGGUCUGGCACAGCCUCGUGUCAUCUCCUGCACUAAGGCAAAUUCGCUAUCCGAGUCGUUCGAUAAAGACCCAGGUGGCAUCCAUAGCCUCACGCAGAACCUGGUCCGCUCGUUCGAGAAUUUGACAUCUCUACCCGAAGACAUGCAGGAUCUCCUGGGCGGCACGGAGAGGCAGCGACAGCUUCUAGCACAGUGCAGACUACAUCUCGAAGAUUUCAUGGUCCAGGCUGAGGCUGGAGACUCCGAAGUGGAGGACUCGAGCGAUGAGCCUGACAUCGUCCUGGCUGCUGAGCACCUGCGCUACGCGGCGAGUUGUCUGGCAAGAAUCACGGGUCGUGGAGAUGCCGGUGACGUCGAGGAGGUGCUGGGUGUCAUAUUUGAGAAGUUUUGUGUAGGAAAGUAA